GCAGAUGUGAAAAACACAGUGUGUAACAGGUUGCUGGUGAAUCAUUAAUCAGUAGCAGGACGCGAUGUCGUCUUUGAAUAACCGGUUCCCUCUGCCGCUGAUCGCUGAUAGCUGGCUCAGAUAUGAAAGAGAGAUUGCUCCAUUAAUGGAGACGGCUACUUCAUGUUUGCUGAUUUUUGGUGUGCUGUGCACUCCAGAGAUCGGGAGGAAGUGGAGUAUCUGAUCGACUGGUAUUUUAACAAAGAGUUUACGAUGCAGUACAACAGCACAGUCGGCAAGUGGACGGGCCUCACUCCGGCUGGAUUAAUCACAGCAUCUCGGUUUAAUGAAGACAGCGCUGACAUUCUGCAGAGAAAAGUGGAGAAACAGCUGAUAUGUGUCAAUAAUGUUGAUGCAGUAUUCAACAUAACUGUGGAAAACAUGGCUGCGCCCAGCAUGACUCUCCAGGAGGGAGACCACACUUCCAGCCAUGACACAAUACUCGUGUGCAGCGUUUAUGACUUCUACCCCAAACACAUCCUUGUGACUUGGUACCUGAAUGGACAGGAAGUGACUGAGGGUGUGACCAUAAGUGAAGUGAUGACAAAUGGAGACUGGACCUAUCAGGUUCACUCUUAUCUGGAGUACACACCUAUCCCAAAGGACAGAGUCACCUGUACGGUAGAGCAUGUUAGCCUAAAGGAGCCCAAGAGUUCUUACUGGGAUUCUUCCUUGAAACAGUCCGACAGGAGUUUUCUAACUGGAGGACUUUGUGCUUUGCUCUUGGGAGCAUUAAUUUUGUCUUUGGGGCUGAUCUAUUACAGAAGAAAAACCUCUGAUCCAACAUUUUCAAAUACUCUAUAAACUAAAUCUACAUAUAAUGAUUUAAAAAAACAAAGGGAAAAUUAAAAUCUCGCCUUUUUUAACUUUAUUGCAGAUAUGUUAUUACAGAGUUGUUUUGUUUUCUUUUGCUUUGUUUUUUUUAUUUCUUGUGUGCAGCGCUCUGAUGCAUUUUUAAGGUAAGUUAAAAAAAAAUUUAAAAAAAUAAAGUAAAGAUAUUAUAAGUGACUUAAAAGUAUCCUUACUACCCUUAAUAGUUAUAUGUUAUGAAAUGAAUUUUUUUUCAUUACACACUGAAUGAUUUUGUGUUAUAAAAUACACCCCAAUUUAAUCACUGUCCAUUUACAUUUUUUUUCUUUGCAAUUUGAACUUUCUGUGAAAAAAAUUUAUGUUUAGGUACAACUUUCAAAGCACAAGAGCAGAUCUUUUUGUUUUUUUCGUUAGUGUUUUCCGUGUAGCUUCACAAACACUGACAUUAUAUCACAUUUAAGGGUUGAUUAUAAAUGCAUUUGCAAGAUGGGCAUAGCUUCUGAGCCUGGAGUGUCUGAAAACUGCAUUCUUUUUAAUGAACAGUAGGGGGCAGUCUAUCAGUACAGGAAAAAGAAUGUAAUUUUGUCUUCCUCAAAGGUAAGACAGAUGAUUAUUGCAGUAAAAAAUGAUCGCAUAUUUAGAUGCCUGACUGUUUUAAAGUCGCAACCAAAGGCAUCACCGUGAUGCUUUCCCCAAAAUUGCAUAGCGUAUACCGAGUUUAAAGAAUGUUGACAUUAAUUCAGAAAAAUUACCUCCACAAUAUGAAUGAAUCAAAUAACAUCUAAUCAGUCUAUGAUGCUGAGCCAUUUUCACAAAAUCACUGACUGUCAAACUCCAGCAGUCUGCUGUUGAUGUCAAGAUUUGCAACAGCGUUUUGUUGUCUUGGGAUUUGCAUUAUUUUCUAUUAAAUAUUAAAUAGGAUUUAAUUAUUAAAUUUGAACGGCUGUACAAAUAGAGUUAAGUCGGUCAUUGAUUUAAGUCGGGCAUGUUAAACUCUUUGUAUUGUUACAUUACAUAUCUGGAUCACCUGAAGAGAAAAAUAUGUGACUGAGAAUACUACACAUAUUAAUUUAAUUAAAGAAAAUACAUUACAAUAUUGUUGUAAAUGCUUUGUUUAUAUGUGUAAGUUCUGAAUUCAUUCAUUGAAAUUGAUAAUUAAUCUAUAAAUAUUACACUGAAAGCAGUGAUAAAUAAUAAAUACUGUAACAGAUUAAUUGUAACUGCCAGCUUGACCCUACUGGUAGCAACAAUGUAACUGUAGCACAACCGCACACCUUACUACAGUCGCAGUGUCUUUAUAUAUGUACUGCAUGGCUCUGACAUUCACUGACAUUCUUUUGUCGACUUCCUCAUAUACUACCACAUGUUCCUCUUUUGUCAAGCUAUCACAUGCUUUCUUAAGAUCCCAAAGACACAAUGCAGUUCUCCAAACAAACAGCAGUAGGUUCAUUCUUUUUUCCCAUGAAUCCAUGUUGCUGUUUGUUUAUUGGCAGCUUCUCUCUUAAGCUAGUUUCAACAAUUCUUGCCCAUAUUUUCAUGGGAUGGGUGAAGAACUUAAUGCAUCAGUAGUUACUACAGCUUUAGGCAUAUCCUUUUUUGUUUGUUUGUUUGUUUCAUCUGUACCACUAAACUUCUUCUCCACCACUAAACUUUUUGAAAUUGUGUUGAACAAUCUAGUUAACCACACUUUCCUAAAUCUCUCCAUACAUCCACAGGUACAUCCUAUGGACCAACCACUUUUCCACUCUUUAUAGCUGCCCUCCAUACUAAUCUUCUGCAUUUCCUCAUUCACUGUCUUUACUCCAUCAAAUCUCCUCUUCCUCUCAUUUUAUUCAUUCAUCAGCUCCUCAAAGUACCCCUUUCCUCAACUCAACAUGUUUCUCACUUGUUAGUACAGUCCCAUCUCUAUCCUUAAUUUCCCAAACCGGUCUGAUCCAGCCACACUGAUCCAAAUGUGAUUUAACAAAGAUUUUACACCAAACGGUCCAGUUUAGGACCACUUAUAGGAAUACACUGGCUCGUUUUUUUGU